UCCACGCGCGUGAACCUCAUUUCCCUCAUUUCUUAGAAUGAGUAUCAACUUUAUAAGCCACAGUUAUUGCUUAUGUGAGAUUGAUGAAUAGAUUUCAUUUCCAGCUCUGCUGUCAGAGGACUUGAGAAGGGAAUGAUGAGAAGGAUGUCAACUGAGAAAAUGAAGUUUAUGGAAAAAGAAGAAUUGGAAUCAUCCUAUCAGCUGUCAGUUAAGGGAUGAUUUGAGAGACGGGUCUGUAGACCAUCCAAACAACGAAACCGGAUGAAAUCAGAACAGGAGAUUUUUUCCAAAAAAUGAAAAUUUCGCGAACACAGUAAGACUCAUCUGUUUGCGGUGAGUGGUGACCCUUCUUUACAGCCCAGGACAUGAACUUUGCAGGGGUGGUUGGGGCAAUACCAAGAAGAUACCAUGCAGAGGAAUGCUACCUGACUGCUCUCUGCCACUCAGCCUGGAUGGGGCGUGAAUGUCGCCCAAUGAAUUCACCAGAAUUGGCCCAGUUCUGCUUUCGGCUCAGGAAAGUAGACCAGAAGCUGCAAGAGAUGAGAGCCAUCUACCAGGGGUCAGGUCCUUUCUCUUGUGACCAGUCUGAGCUCAGGCUAUCGGAACUGCUCCAGUCUGUUGUAAUCCUCCUUUUCAAAUAUCCAGCUCUCAAAGCCCACUGCGUACAAGAAGCCAUGACCAACCUGAUCAACAGAGUGCGAGAUGUCAAUGCACACAGUGGAUCCACGGAAGGCCGCAAAAGAUUCAGUGAAAUAUUUCGGGACCUGGAUGCCUUAGAGAUAAGCCUCGGCAAUGAAACGGUGGACAUGUUCCUGAGUGAUACUGAAACUCCAAACUCCGAGACCCAACCAGAUGAGGAAGAAGAGCCUUUGAUCAGCACUCCGGUGGAACUAGCUCGGGCGGCAUGUGACAGAGAUGGGGUGGCCGUGUCCAUAGGAGAAGCAGAUGAAAUUCUCAUCCAUAGUGAAGGAGGAGUGGAGUCUGCCCUGAACUAUGCCAAGCGCUGGUGUAAAUAUAUCCGGGAAGUACUGGGGUAUAUUGAAAAGAGACUCAGCUAUGAAUCUGAAUAUGCCAAGAACAUCAUCCGACUAUGUGAGUCUGCACGGAGUGCCCUGGGCCAGCAGCAAUGUGUGCCUUUACAAGAUGUCUACCUCCUCCUUCUGGACCAUGAAUCCCAGACAGGAUCCUUGGCCAUUGAAACAAUGGCUCAGCUACAGAUGAAGAAGUAUUGCCUGCCCUUGUCAGCAAAGAAGACGGAGAUUGAGAAGUGGCGGAAGGAGUUUCGAGAGCAGUGGUUAAGGGAACAGAAAAGAAUGUCAGACACCCUGAGCUCGCUGCGCAAGGCUCGACAACAAUACGUACAACGCUGCGAAGACUUGGAAAAAGCCAAGCAACUAAGUGCCAAGAUUGAGGAGGAGCAGAAUACGGGAGGCCACCCAGGAAGUGCAAAUAAACUGGUAGAAAGACGCAGGAGAUCCCGUGAGGAGGCCCAGACCAAGGCACAAGAGGCUGAGGUCCUGUACCGAUCCUGUGUAGGGGAAGCAAACGCCAGGAGUGAGCAACAAGAGAAAGUCCGCCAGAGAAUUAUAUCCCACAUCAGGAAACUCAUUAACCAGGGGGACCAAGUGUUGAAAGAGGUGACCCAGAAUCUGAUGCAUAUGAAGAGGACACAGUGUGAAUCUGUCCCCUCAGGCUAUGGAAACCUCUUCAGCACUUGUGAACCCUAUGAGGCUGGAGACCGAUAUCUUCAGUUCAUUGUGAGCCUGCCACGCAAACAUACUGAGCCAGAAAAAUUCACCUUCCAGGAGUACAUCCCUGCAGGACAGAGGUCGUCCCCUGGUGGCAAAAGGAAGAAUGCCGUGCAGCUGGUCAGAGUAUCUUCCUCUUUGUCUGACCUAAAUGUCAAGACAGAUGAUAUUGCAAGGAUGUCUGCAGGUGAACGAGGCUCGUGGGGAAACAAGAUUUUUCACAAUGACUCUGAGAGUAUCAGUGGCAGCAGUGAACCCAGGUCGCUGGAAUCUCCUACAGAAAGUCCAGGCCACUUUGGCAAAAAAGUCGCUAAAGCCUCUUCCACAGGGACCAUGUCCUCUGAUGAUCCAGAUGAAAGAGAUUCCUUUCAUGCAGAGGAUGUUGACUCUGUUGAUGCCGCCUCUGAGAACGGCUUAAGUCUGCCAAGCUUGGUCAUGUCACCAGCUGCCCAAACCCACCGUCUUCGACGUAUCAGAGUGCCAACCAAGUGUAGGGAGUGUGAAGGCUUCAUGGUCUCUGGUGUAGAAUGUGACGAGUGCUAUUUGAUUUGUCACAAGAAAUGCUUAGAAUUUUUACUCAUCAAAUGCGGUCACAAGAAACUGCCCAACAAAGUGCCCUUAUUUGGUGUGGAUUUCUGCAAUUUCCCAAGAUACUUCCCCGAAGAGGUGCCCUUUGUCAUAAGCAAAUGUACGGCUGAGAUUGAGAUGAGGGCACUGGGACAGCAGGGUCUGUACCGAAUCAGUGGAGCUAAAGCCCGGGUGGAAAAGCUUCUGCAGGCCUUUGAGAAUGGACGUGAGCUAGUGGACUUGUCGGGACAUUCACCCCAUGACAUCACCAGCGCACUCAAACACUUUCUAAAGGAGCUCCCAGAUUCUGUGGCCACCCAUCACUUGUAUGAAGAAUUUAUGACGUUCUCAAAAGAUUUCCCUGAAGAGAGGAAAGAGACAGAGAUUCAACAAGAAGCUCUUCAACGAAUGAAGGAUAUUCUUUGCCGCCUCCCACCCAGUAACUACAAUACACUCCGCCACCUAACCGCGCACCUGUAUCAUGUUUCGGAGAGAUUUGAGGAGAACAAAAUGAAUCCUAAUAACCUGGGAAUUAUCUUCGGCCCAACGCUGAUCCGUCCAUCUCCUGGACAGGACAAGCCUAUGACCUGUCUGCUGGACUCUGGCUACCAGGCACAAGCUGUCGAAUUCCUCAUCAACAACUAUGAGAAAAUAUUUGGAAUGGAUGAGCUUCCUGUAUCCAGCCACCAGGGAGCAGCAGAGGAGCCAUCUGAGGCAGAAUUGGAUUCUGUUGAGUUACUAGUGGCAGAAGGUACAGCAGAGGGUGCUGAAGUCUGUCCUCACCCACCAGAUGUAGAUGGAAAAAUUGGUGAUGGGGUCUCCCAGGAAGAAGAAGACUUAGACGCUUCAAAUGCAACUUACUCCAGGGGUCACUUCAGCCGGCUACCAGUGAAAUCAGCUCGAGGGGAACCAAUUCGGAGGUCUGAUAGUGAAGGUGGCAAUCAGCAGAAUGACUGAGCUCCAUAUUAAAAAAGACCAGUAGCUAAUCAAGUGUUAUGUAAAAGCUAGAGAUGCAGAACACCUAGGAUCUAGAACAGGCCAAUCUGAAAUUUUUACAUGACAAUGGAAAUAAUGAGAACUUUGGCCUAAAUUUCCUGCAAAGUGCCAGUGAAUGGAGGAAUUCACAAAAGCGUUCUAGAUUUUUUUUUAUUUUUUGCUGGCGAUCAUCAGAUAUUAUAAAAAAAGUGUGGACUUAUUUAUUAAUUUGUGAAAAUGUUGGAUCUUCUUGGCAUCUCAAAGACCAGUACUGGUGUUGCCAAUGGUCAACAGUGCUUUGUGAACCUGGAAAACAACUGUGAGUUUAUAAAACAGAUAAGAAUGAGAUUAACAUUAGUGAAUGCAAGGUGGAUGCUUACAGAAGACACUAUCGGAAGAAUCUCAUUUAUAUGGAUGCGUGAGGUUGGACUUAUGAUGAAGAAGAAGCCCAUUAGAUGGGUAGCAGUGAUUGGCUCGUAAACACUCCUAAAUAUAGUAGGAAUUGUCCUGAUUUUACUGGGACAGUCCUAAUUUGCCACUGGAAAAACAUAUUUAAAAAAUACUUUUUGACUUUUCCUGCUUUCAUUUGCAUAAAUCAGAAAAUGCAUUUUAAUACGUCUGGGUACAUUUUCAUUGUAAAAUGACAAGAUGGGAAUUCCUAAGAAAAUAUGUGUUCAGAAUGUCAUCAUUCUAAAAAUCAUUGUAACAUUUGGUGGUAUGGAACAGUCCAUUGGCGGCCAGUGCUCAAUAUUUUGAGGGCACGGGCGCCAAACAAACCCGCCCCCCUCACCCGCACUACUGCAACCGUAAGCAUUUUAGGUUUGUUAGUGAAAUAUCAAACAACAAUAAAAAGGUGAAAGCA